ACUGCUGCUGGCUAUUUGCCUACAUCUCGAGGUGGCCAUUCUUCUGUUUUAACAAAUGAUGGUCGUAUUAUUGUAUACGGAGGUUAUGUUAAUCAAUACACAUUAACUCCAGUUUCAGAUGAUCUUGUAAUAUUAGAUACAACAAGUAGUAAUUUUACCUGGUCAAGAGCAAAUGUUUCUACUAUUUCACCUUUCCCACGUAUGUAUCAUUCGGCUGUUCUAGUUGAUAAGUAUAUGAUUGUAUUUUUUGGAAGAAAUAAUAUUUAUCUGCCAUCACUUGAAAUGAAUGAAGUAUAUAUUUUGGAUACAAGUGAUAAAUUUAAUUACAUGUGGAUUAAUGAAUUUAUUCCUAUUCCAACAAAUCCUAUUCCAACAAAUCCAACUAAUACGGUUUUAAUAGUAGCAAUUACAAUUUCAAUAGUUUUACUUAUUUUAGGAAUAAGUUUAUUUAUUUUUUGUUGUAAAAAAAAUCAAAAUCAUUAUUUAACUAUAUCUGAUAGUAUAGAAACUUGA